AAGACUGACUCUGUACUUCUGAUGAUAGACACUUACAUCGCAUUCAAGGAACACGUUUGAUCAGUUCUUGCUUUCACUGGAUUGUGAUCGGAUCUGGUUUUUCUGUGGAUAUCUGAGACUGAAGUCAAUCUGGAAUGAAGACUGCCGUCCUCAUCUUCAUCACUCUCUGCCUGAUCUCAGGUCAAGUGCUUUGUUUCUGUGUGUUUGGAUGCCCUGGAGGGAGUGUAAUGUUCAAGUGCAUGUACAAGAACGAGAGUAAGACUGAUGAUCCACAUAAAGAGAAGUAUUUCUGCAAAGACAGGAGCUGUAAGAUGGCCAUCAUCAGUACUGAUAUUCAGAGUCGAUGGGUUUAUAAAGGGAGAUUCGCUCUGUAUGAUGAUGAAAACAGCAGAUUCUUCACAGUGUUUAUCAGGAACCUCACAAUAGAGGAUGAAUGGGAAUAUAUAUGUGGAAACAAUCAGACAUGGAGUCGUAAUGUUAAGUUAGUGGUGAGCAGAAAUGAGUCUCGUUGUGGGAAGUCUGUUAUCCGGGAGAGGUAUCUUGGACAAAAGAAGAUCACUUUCCACUGUGAAUAUGAUGAGAAGUUUAAAACACACACCAAAGUUUUCUACAGACUGAACAAUGAUACUGUCCAUGUCCUGAACAGCUCACAAUCAUCACAAUCAUCUGAGGAGAAGUUCAUUCUGUAUGACAGUCAUAAAGAUUAUUUUAAUGUGACCAUUAGAGAUAUUUCUGCAGCGGACGGAGGAGUUUAUUUAUGUGGAGUGGAGAGAGACGAAUCAGCUCAUCGACCUUCAGAAACAUCAGUCACUCACAUAACCUUCAUUAAAGAGAUCCAGCAGAAUGUUAAUAGUAAAAUAACGUCUGUCCAGGUUCAGGCCUACUCCAGUAAAUCAGUCUUCAUCAACUGUAGAUUUCAACAAACAUUAAGAAGAAACAAGAAGUUCAUCCAGAAAGAUUCACAGAAGAAGAUCUUCGUUGAUAAACACAAUCAAUGGAGUCGUCAUGAUAAAGUGCACAUGUAUGAUGAUCCCAGUGAAGGACGUCUGAAGGUGUUUAUCAGCGAUUUAACCGCGGCUGAUGAAGCGACGUACAGAUGUGGAGUGAAUAUCAAUGAUGAUGAAGAUCUGUUCUCUGAGAUUAAACUCACAGUAAAUCAAGUUGAUCAUUUUCCUGCAUCAAGCAAAGCAUCUGCUAUUAUUGGUGAAAGUGUGAAACUCACCUGCAAUUUCUCCAAGAACCACGACAAGACCAAGUUAAAACACAUCUGCAAAGAGAACCAGCAGAAGAUCUGUGAAAGCAUCAGUUCAUCAGAGAAGAAACGCUUUGAGUUUUCUGCCAGUAAAGCAGGAGUUUUCACAGUGAGCAUCAGUAAUGUGAGUGUGAGAGAUGCUGGAGUUUACUGGUGUGGAGCCAAAACCAGACACACAAAUUUGACUUCUGUCUCUCUCACCAAUCAACAUCAACUCACUUUAACUAAAUCAACGACACACCAGGGUGAAGAUCUGGUAAAUUCUGAUUCCACUAUGAUACUUGCGGUUUCUGUGGGUUUGGCCCUGCUGGCUGUGUGUUUAGUGCUCAUGUUGCUCAAAAUAAAGUACAGCUGUAAACAUGGGAUCAUUUCAUCAUCAGACAAAAGAGAGACCGGAGAUCAUGAAAUGGUUCAAGACUCAGAUCCUUCAUCAACUCCUCUAUAUUCGACAGUCCAGUUACCCACAAUUCCCUCUGAUUCACAGAAUCCACUUUACUCGACAGUCCAGUUACCCAUAAUCCCCUCUGAUUUACAGAAUCCCCUUUACUCGACAGUCCAGUUACCCACAAUGCCCUCUGAUGGGCUCCUUUACGCAUCCGUCAGUUUCCAGAACCAUGAAGAGUCUCUCAGUGACGCUAAAGUCGUCUUCAGGAAGAACGAGAUUCACUCCGAUUACGCAUCUGUCAAACACAGCAACACACCAAACGACUAUUACUAUUAGAGUUGUUUUUCACUCAAAUGAGGAGCUGUUCCUUUGGAGGGAAACUUUACGAUCAUUUGUGUGUUUUGCAUAAGUUUGAUGGAGAAACAAUUAAAGAGUCUUACAUGCUGCAUAGAUAUAUCGACAUAAUAUAAUAUGAUAAUAGGCUAUAUAUAUAUAUAUA